GAGGUUUUCAAUAAACAUCAUGUGUAUCAAAAGCCUCAGGGCAACCCGCUAGGAAAGAAGUGGAUUCAAGGACUAGUCAGUAUUGAGAAAGAUGUAUGGGCAAAACACCGGAGAAUUAUUAAUCCUGCCUUCUACUCUGAGAAGCUUAAGUAUUCUGGUAUCAACAGCUUAUGCAACCAGCUUUCUUGCUAAGCUGCGGUGAAAUGGUAAAAAAAUGGGAGGGGAUUGUUUCAGAAAACGGUUCUUGCGAGCUGGAUGUGUGGCCUGACCUUCAAGGCCUAACGUGCGAUGUGAUCUCUCGAACCGCGUUUGGGAGCAGCUAUGAAGAAGGAAAGAUUAUUUUUGAACUCCAGAAAGAGCAAACCAAGCACUUUUUGGAAGCUGUACGCCAUGUUUAUGUCCCUGGAUGGAGAUUCCUGCCAACUAAGAGAAACAGAAGAAUGAGUGCCAUCCAAAAGGAAGUGAAAUCAUCGAUCCAGUGUAUUAUAGACAAGAGGUUGAAGGCUGUGAAGGAAGGAGAGGCUAACAAAGAUGAUUUGUUAGGCAUAUUGUUAGAAUCUAACACAGAAGAAAUAAAAAAACAUGGGAAAAAAGAAUUCGGAAUGAGCAUUGAAGAUAUCAUCGAAGAGUGCAAACUGUUCUAUUUUGCAGGACAGGAAACUACUUCCGUGUUGCUAGUUUGGACUAUGAUUCUCCUCAGCAGAUUCCAGGAUUGGCAAACGCGGGCUAGAGAUGAGGUUCUCCACGUUUUUGGCCAGGAUGAAAAGCUUGAUUUUGAAAAACUAAAUAGCCUCAAAGUUGUGACAAUGAUUUUGAAUGAGUCCUUAAGGCUAUAUCCACCAGUAACUAGCCUGUCGAGGAGGAUAGCAGAGGAGACAAAACUUGGAGAAAUAGUUUUGCCUCUAGGGGCAAUGGUGUCAUUACCAAUACAAUUGCUACAUCUUGAUAGUGAGAUAUGGGGUGAAGAUGUUAAGGAUUUCAACCCGGAGAGGUUCGGGGAAGGGAUAAUUGGAGCAACAAAGGGUAUAAACGCUUUCCUCCCGUUUGGCGGGGGGCCUCGAAUAUGUAUUGGCCAAAACUUCGCUUUGGUGGAGGCUAAAAUGGCUAUCGCAAUGAUUCUACAACGGUUCUCCUUUGAACUCUCUCCUUCCUAUGCUCAUGCUCCAAUUGCAAUAGGGACCACUCAUCCUCAACACGGUGCUCCCCUCAUAUUGCAAAAGCUCUAGUAUUACUUAUGUAUACGAUCUUAAGAAUAAAACUACUAUGUAAUUCUGGCAAUGUGAAAGUACUACUGUCUGUUAUAGACAGUUUUUUUUUUUUUGUUUUACUGUUUUCUAUUUCAUUCUCGUUUUCAAGAGAAACUAUGUCAUAUCUUAUGCUUUAAUAUUCUACUUCCGUGUAUAUAAACUAAAAAAUUGAAAAAGAAGAGUAAGAAGUUGUCAUACCUAAGAAUAAAUAGAUGAACAAAUUACAUUGGAGACAUUCUUGAGGAGGAAAAGGUUUAGCUUUUUGUAAACCAACUGUUGACCUCCCCGUCAAGAUGUUAGGUUGUCUAACAUUACAGUUCCAUUAUCAAUUCAAUGAAACCAACCAUUGAGGCUAGGAGUUAUGGUUGGGAGGACUGGACCUCAAAGCGCAGGCGACAAUGCCCAUCGAAUUGGUCAAUUGCUUAAGUGUUACCACAUGACAUCUCGCGAGAACAAUCUACAGGCAGCUCUUUGAGGUCCGGGAUCAUCAAUCUUCCUGAUGUUUUGGAAACAUAUGGAGAUGAACCACCCUUCACACUCUGUUGAUCACAAUAGGCGGCAUUGGCAAAAUUGUAGCAGCAACCGCAGCCACAAGAGGCGCUGCUGCAUCACAAGUGGCUGCAGUGACAUUGAACAGAUAGAAUGCCCCAAAUAUUUGGCUGCCCCGAACAUUUAUCAGAUUUUU